CUUUUCCUCUUCUCCACCACAAACUGAAACCCUAUCUUCCUCAUUGCUGUCGAAUCUCCUUCCUCACCAAAGCCAUGGCCGUCGUCGAUCUUCAUCAUCUUCUCUCCUUCAUUGCUGCCGAACCCCUUCCUCACCAAAGCCAUGACCCUCCCUUCCUCAUUGCUGCCGAAUCUCCUUCCUCACCAAAGCCAUGGCUGUCGAGCAUUCCGGAUCUAACAAAUCAUGAAGCGUCAAUCUUCAUCAUCUUCUCUCCUUCAUUACUGCCGAACCGCUUCCUCACCAAAGCCAUUACCCUAUCUUUCUCAUUGUUGCCGAAUCUCCUUCCUCACCAAAGCCAUGGCCGUCGAGCAUUCCGGAUCUAACAAAUCAUGGCGUCGAUCUUCAUCAUCUUCUUUCCUUCAUUGCUGCCGAACCCCUCUCAUGGCCGUUGUGACUAUUUAAAGGUGAGAUCUUAGAAGCUGUUGUGACUAUGGUCAACAAGGUAACUGUUUUCUGUUUGCUACUCUCCUGACUUGAUGAUAAGAUUAUCUUAUGAACCAUGGAUUUCUAUUGUUUUACUGAUAACUGCAUUUGGGAUUCCUACAGAUGGGAUUCUUUGCAGAAGCUGGACCUGUUCAAAUUUUUGUUUCAAACCAUGUAAGUAUUUUUGCGCUUUUUAAUAAGGUUUCUGCUCCAAG